AUGCCCAGCCCAGCGAAAGGUGUGCCAUCCCAUGCCAUCGUUCAGUACCUCACAAGUAUCAGCAUUCAUGUCCGGCCUUGGAAGACCAGUCCUCGCCAGGAGAACAGCACUCUGCCUCCUCCGUCCGGUGGUCUGUUUGGUGUUCCACUGCAUUUGCUGCCCCUUUCGGAGCAUGUAGAAGGGGUGCCACAGUUCCUUGUGGACGCCUGCGAGCUGCUCCGGCCCCACCUUUAUGUGGAAGGGCUCUUCCGGAAAUGUGGAUCCAUGACUCGUAUCAAAGCCUUGAAGGCCCGGCUGGAGGCUGGCGAGCACUGCUUGGCGAUGGCCCUCCCGUGCGACGUGGCCACCUUGGUGAAGCAGUUCCUGAGGGAGCUGCCUGAGCCCCUGAUCCCAGCUGGGAUCCAGGGGCCUUUGUGCCAGGUCCAGCAGCAAGAGGACGGCGACCAGGGCCCGCUGACUCUCCUGCUCACCUCCCUGCUGCCCCAAAGAAGCACCGAUCUCCUCCGCUACUUCUUCAGGUUCCUGCAGGACGUGGCUUCCAGGUGCGACCAGAACAAAAUGGACUUGGCCAACCUGGCGGUCAUCUUCGCCCCCACCCUCUUCCCCAAUGAGGUUUGCAGCCAGCUGGACUGCAGAGCUGAGGAGCAGCUGCAGAGGCAGGCAGCCGUGGUCCAUGCUUUGAUCAGCCAUGCGGCGGAGAUUGGCACAAUUCCCGAGCUCCUCCUGGAAAAAGUCCAAGCUGCCUGCUCAGAUGCAGAAACCAAGAGACUGUCCCCACUAGGCCCAGAAGACACUGGAGAAAAGCACAUCGAAGGGAGGGGGAGGAGGAGGCGGCGGCAACGGAGCAUGGGCAGCUUCUUUCUGCUACUUUCUUUCCGCCUCACCACCUUGUCCCGGUUUCCUGAAAUGUCCCUGCAGCAUUUCAGCCCUGUUUCUCUUUCUCUCAAACUUUUAAACUCCUUAACUCUUCUCUGCCUCUCUUCCUUCCCUUCAGACAUCGUGACCGAAGCCCUGAGCAAGUUCAAGACAGGCCGAGCCCUUUGCACUGCCCCUUCCCAGGAGAUUCGACAGGGCUCCCCUGGUAACAGGACUCUGAAAGCAUCUUUCAACUCCAAGAGGAAGGCCUCUGAUGAUGUAGUUGGGGCUUCUGAACUUUCAGCCAAGAAGAGGAGGUCAUCCUUGGAUCCAGCAAACUCAGAUCCCUUUGCGGAUACUGCACCCCUGUUUGAUCGAUCAGCGGAUGUGGGUCCCUCACAAGCUCCUACAAGCCCUGCUCCUGUUUCUCCCAGAGGACAUUCCAGCCCAUUCUCCGAUCUAGGGCACCUCACGGGAGACCCAUGGACCCCGGCUGUGAAAACUCAGAGGAGAAAGAGCAGCGGCAGAAAACGCCCUCAAAGAAAGCAUUCUGCUCUGACUCCCCCCUGCCGCUCCCCAGCGCCUUUUGAGCGGAAGGACGCAGGGCGCAAAUCCUUGCGCAUCUUCUCCCGCAACAGCAAGGAUCAGGUGACACAACCAAACAGCGGGCUUCUGACAAAGAAGAUGGCGACCGAGGCCUUGGAAGUCCCAACAUCCCAGCAUAGAUGGGCUUGGCUGCAUUCACACAAGCUCAGAGAAAGAUCUACAAGCCACCCAUCCAACGAAAAUGCUUGCAGCCCUAGCUGCACAAAUCCAGAGGCCGGACAUGCUGCGGUGAGAUGUAAACACAGGGCUGGGCGAAAUCCCUGUUUGGAUGCUGUCAGCUAUGCACAUCAGGAGCCAGAUUUGGAGGCCUUGGUAGCGGAGGCUGAGCUGCCAGACUCUCUACCCAGACACCGCAGAGUUCUACGGCGGUCGGUGAGCUGGCCUGAAGAGCUUUUGGCGAGGGCUGCCGCAGAAGAAAGCGAAAUGGAUUUCUCUCCGGACGAGGCUGCUGUCGGCGCAGCAGCACAUCAUGCCCAGAGCUUCAGCCUAGCUGAGCCAGAGCAGCCUGGCAUGGAAGUAUUAGUGGCAGGCAUGAGGCAACUGGGAAUCCCCACUGUUUGUGUCACCCUAGCAGACAGCUCCCCAGCCGGCUGCCCAGAGAACGGGCCCAGCGGCCUGCCCCAAAGGAUGCUUCCCUCGGAUGCUGGCUCCCCCAUCACUCUGGCCGACCGCUUCCGCCACCUCCACGAGGCUCCCAAAACCGGCCUCAAGCGCCUGACCCUCAGCUUCCAGCGGGCAUCGCUCCAGACCGACAAAGGAUCAGAGGCUGAGAAGCUCAGCGUCCCGAAGCGCAAGGCGGGGCGUCGCUUUGGCCGGUCCGUGAGCCACGAGAGUGGCCUGCCCUUGCAGGCCGGACAGGAGGUGCAGGCUGGGCACGGGGCGACAAGGGGAGCCCCCGGGCUGCCCGCCAGGAGCCCUUUGCAGUCCUUCAAGGCCUACGGGCGGCAAAUCUGCAUAACCCGAAAGAACAUCAUGGCGUCCCUGGCUGGGCUGCGUGGCAAAAGGGAGGUGCCGAUUCCCAAGACAUCUGGAGGGCCGAGUUUGGGGACGCCUGAUCUGGGCAAUGUUGGUCCUUUACCAACCCAGCAGCCACAUCUUGUGCUAGUUACAUGCAAAGCUUAUAUACUUUACCACCGAGCCAAGACCCUCCUCUCUCCCCAUCCUAGUUGCUGCUGUGACUAA